AUGUCUACUUCCAAGAGAGCUUAUAGUCGAGGUGGCUGUAAAGAAUGCAAAAGAAGGAAAAUCCGAUGUCCUGAAGAUAAACCAUCCUGUGCAACUUGUGUUAGAUUAGGGAAAGUUUGCUCGUAUCCUUUGCCAGGAGAACGAGUUCCCCGUGUUUCCAUCAGAGCAUUAGCUAAUAAGGAAAUCCCACUUAAUGAUUCACCAGAACCCAAAGCAAAAAAAUCUAAUCCCAAACCACUAACGAUUCAAAUGUACCUGGUUGAUGAUUUUGGGGCUAAAAAGAAAAAGCGGAGACUAAGAUUGGAUGAUGAUUAUUUGACCAACAACUUUAAUACUGAAACUAAUUCGCCUAUAUCCGGAAACAAUAAUGGAUAUUUAUCAAAUUCCAAAUCAGCAAAUAAUAAUAACAAUAAUGGAUCAAAUACUACUGAUAAUUUAAUGCAACAAAUAAACUCGCAAAUGAUCCCUCCCAUUAAGCCUGCACUUAGUAUUACACAAGCCCUGGAAAGUAUGCUAAGCACUACAUCGAGUUCUUCAUUGCUUGGUGGUCUAUAUAAUGAUGACGAUUUGAACCUACUUGCAUCUGACUUGAAUAAUAUCGUUAAUGACAUUAUGUUUACUUCAAAUAUGCCAAACACCAAUGAUAGUUUGAUUGAUGACAACUUCUUUAGUCCGUUCAAUUAUCCACCACAAUUGCCCGAUCUCAAUGAUAUUCCAAAACAUAUCCCAUUGGAUUAUAUUAAAUUGAAGACAGACGAUGAGAAAAGGUACCUAGCGGAGUUUUAUCAUGAGUUUGCGUCGCAGAUUUUACCAUUUGGCGCGUUCGAUAAGAUUUCAGGUACUUACUACAACCCUGUGAGAGAUGUGAUUUUAAUCUAUGCUGCCAAGGAACCAUUUUUAUUAUCAGCAAUAUUAUCUCAAGGGGCUAAACUUUCUUUCCAAAAAACAUCAAAACAGUCCGACCAUGACAAUUAUGGGUCAUAUUUAUCUAGAUGUUUAAGAUUAUUGGGUCCCGCAUUAAGUAAAAAUCGUGAUAAACUGGUCAAAGAUGAUUUAACGUCAAAUAUUGAGAGUAUACUUAUAACCGUACUACUAUUAACAUCUUCCAAUGCCAUGACAGAAAAGUUGAGUUGGAGACCACAUUUGAAAGGUGCAAAAGAUAUUAUUAUAAAGGCAACACAUAGUAAAAUUCGACUGUCCAAAACUUUAAUAUUAUGCAAGAUAUGGUUUGCUGAUUUUGAAAUUUUGGCAGGCACUAGUAGUCAUUUGGGUGGCACGAUAAAAACCGAUUGUGAUUUAGAUUCAGUGAUAAAUUUUGAAGAUGAAUUUGUUAAAUCUGUAUUGGAACAAUUUGGAUUACUUCAAGGUGGGAGUUUCAAUAUCAUGAGUGGAUAUAAUAUACAAAUGAUUUAUUUAUUCCGGGAUUUAUCCAAACUUCUAAACCGCAAACGAGAAAUGGGGGAACAAUUUGUCCCCAAUCAAUCCCUUGAGUAUAUUCGUUUAAUUUCGGGAUUUUAUGAACAUUAUGGGAAAGUGUAUAUCGAUAGAAAAUGUCUAUUACCAGGACCAAUUUCCACCCCACUAACAGAGUUAUAUAAUCUUGUCGAUUCCGUGCCCACAACAAGUGGGAACACACUUUAUAUUAGCUGGAUGGAUAUUUCUCAACAAGCGUAUGCUUUAGCUGGUUUAAUAACUGUGUUUACUUCAAUAUUAUUAGAUCCUCCUGAUUUACCACAUAUUCAAGAUUUAAAUUCCAAACUAGUUGAUUUGAUAAAGUUUGUCGAACAAAGUGUGAACUCUUUUACAAUGAAAUUCCCAAAUGGAUUUCUGAUGAUUCAAUGGCCCAUUACGGUUGCAGGAAUAAAUUGUACUAUCAAGAGUCAACAGCCAGUGAUUGGGAAAUUUUUCAAAAUAUGUAUUGAGUUAGGAUCAGUCAGUGCUGAAAUCACUUUGAAACGGAUAAAGAAAAUAUGGGAAUUGCGUGAAAAGGGUGAGGAGUAUUAUGAUCUUCAUAUUAAGCAUGAAAAUGGUGAAAUUGACGGAAUUCAUAUCGAUAAUGUUGCCUACUAA